GCCCGGGCGGGAGCCGGAGCGGGAGCCGGAGCGGGAGGCCCGCUGAGCACAGGCGGCGGCGGCGGCGGGUCCAGGCCCCGGAGCGAGCGGAGUCCCCACCCGCGUCGCUCCGGUCCCUCUCCUGACGCGGGGCUCCGAGCAGCAUGCGCGGCCGCUGCCCGCCGGCCUCAGCCCUGGCCCCGGCUCCGCUGCGAAGCGCGCCUGGCCUGGACCCCGGCCCCAGCGGCAGAAGAGGAGGCGGCGGUGGCGCCAGGCCGGCUCCGGGAGCAGAACUGGGCUCGUGGCGCCCGCGUCGUGCAUCCUGAGCCCAGCUGCUCCCCCGCCCGCCGGGGCCACGGCCCCAGCCUCGGCUCCGGCUGGGCUCCCGCCGGUGUGGGGAGGACAGACAGUCAGCCCCGCGAGGGCUCACGGACUGACGGGCGGAGGUGUUGGCGAAGGAGGAGGAGACCGAGGAGGGGGCUGGGCAGGGGCUGUGGCCCGGCGGGGAAGACAUGCGAUUGGUGACUGAGCCGAACGGACGGACCGCGUGCCCGAGAUGCAGGUAAGCAAGAGGAUGCUGACUGGGGGCGUGAGGAGCAUGCCCAGCCCUCUCCUGGCCUGCUGGCAGCCCAUCCUCCUGCUGGUGCUGGGCUCGGUGCUGUCAGGCUCAGCCACGGGCUGCCCACCCCGCUGUGAGUGCUCCGCCCAGGACCGUGCCGUGCUCUGCCACCGAAAGCGCUUUGUGGCCGUGCCUGAGGGCAUCCCCACCGAGACCCGCCUGCUGGACCUGGGCAAGAACCGCAUCAAAACGCUCAACCAGGACGAGUUCGCCAGCUUCCCGCACCUGGAGGAGCUGGAGCUCAACGAGAAUAUUGUGAGCGCCGUGGAGCCUGGCGCCUUCAACAACCUCUUCAACCUCCGGACGCUGGGGCUCCGCAGCAACCGCCUGAAGCUCAUCCCCCUGGGCGUCUUCACUGGCCUCAGUAACCUGACCAAACUGGACAUCAGCGAGAACAAGAUUGUCAUCCUGCUGGACUACAUGUUUCAGGACCUGUACAACCUCAAGUCACUGGAGGUUGGCGACAACGACCUCGUCUACAUCUCCCACCGAGCCUUCAGCGGCCUCAACAGCCUGGAGCAGCUGACGCUGGAGAAAUGCAACCUGACCUCCAUCCCCACCGAGGCGCUGUCCCACCUGCAUGGUCUCAUUGUCCUGAGACUCCGGCACCUCAACAUCAACGCUAUCCGGGACUAUUCCUUCAAGAGAUUGUACCGGCUCAAGGUCUUAGAGAUCUCCCACUGGCCCUACUUGGACACCAUGACACCCAACUGCCUCUAUGGCCUCAAUCUGACGUCCCUGUCCAUCACACAUUGCAAUCUGACUGCUGUACCCUACCUAGCUGUGCGGCAUCUGGUCUAUCUCCGCUUCCUCAACCUCUCCUACAACCCCAUCAGCACCAUCGAGGGCUCCAUGUUGCAUGAGCUGCUACGGCUGCAGGAGAUCCAGCUGGUGGGGGGGCAGCUGGCUGUUGUGGAACCCUAUGCUUUCCGAGGCCUCAACUACCUGCGUGUGCUCAAUGUCUCUGGCAACCAGCUGACCACACUGGAGGAGUCUGCCUUUCACUCAGUGGGCAACCUGGAGACGCUCAUCUUGGACUCCAACCCGCUGGCCUGUGACUGCCGUCUCCUGUGGGUAUUCCGGCGCCGCUGGCGGCUCAACUUCAACCGACAGCAGCCCACAUGUGCCACGCCUGAGUUCGUCCAGGGCAAGGAGUUCAAAGACUUCCCUGAUGUGCUACUGCCCAACUAUUUCACCUGCCGCCGUGCCCGCAUCCGGGACCGCAAAGCUCAGCAGGUGUUUGUGGAUGAGGGCCACACGGUUCAGUUUGUGUGCCGGGCAGAUGGCGACCCACCGCCCUCCAUCCUCUGGCUCUCGCCUCGCAAGCAUCUUGUUUCCGCCAAAAGCAAUGGGAGGCUCACGGUCUUCCCUGAUGGCACACUGGAGGUGCGCUACGCCCAGGUGCAAGACAACGGCACGUACCUGUGCAUCGCAGCCAAUGCAGGUGGCAACGACUCCAUGCCUGCCCAUCUGCAUGUGCGCAGCUACUCACCCGACUGGCCACAUCAGCCCAACAAGACCUUCGCCUUCAUCUCCAACCAGCCAGGCGAGGGAGAGGCCAACAGCACCCGCGCCACCGUGCCUUUCCCCUUUGACAUCAAGACCCUUAUUAUCGCCACCACCAUGGGCUUCAUCUCCUUCCUGGGUGUUGUGCUCUUCUGCCUGGUGCUGCUGUUCCUCUGGAGCCGGGGCAAGGGCAACACAAAGCACAACAUUGAGAUUGAGUAUGUACCACGCAAGUCGGAUGCGGGCAUCAGCUCCGCCGAUGCGCCCCGCAAAUUCAACAUGAAGAUGAUAUGAGCACAGGGUGGGGCUCCCUCCCUGGUUCUGCCCACCUCUUCCAGCCCCCGACCCCUGUUCCCGGCUGCCUCACUGGCCCUCACCACCUGCCCUCUCUCUGCCAGGACCUCAGAAGUUCGGGCCUGGGGACCCCACUGCACAGGGACACAUGUGGACAGAUGAGUUGGCAGCUGACGGACUGACACACAGCAGUCAAUAAUUCAAUUUAAAAAGUUACGAACUUCCUCUGUAACUUGGGUUUCAAUAAUUAUGGAUUUUUAUGAAAACUUGAAAUAAUAAAAAGAAAAAAAACGA